AUGUUCUGGCAAUCGAUAACCCCGUUUUUUAUCGUAUUAACCCUGACAUUAAAGUCUACAUUGGGUUAUUAUGCCACUGUUGAUGCUCAUUCUGAAGAAUGUUUUUUUGAAAAGAUGACAUCUGGAACAAAAAUGUUAUUGAUAUUUGAGGUCAUAGAAGGUGGAUUUUUGGAUAUUGAUGUUAAGAUAACUGGUCCGGAUAAUAAAGAAAUUUAUAAAGGUGAUCGUGAAUCAAGUGGAAAAUCAACAUUUUCAGCACAUAUGGACGGUAUUUAUACGUUAUGUUUUGGUAAUCAAAUGUCAACUAUGACACCAAAAAUGAUUAUGUUUUCGAUGGAUCUUGGCGAAACACCAAAACUCGAUGUGGGGGGUGUACAAGGCGCCGAUAAUGUGACGCUCCAUCACAAUAAACUUGAAGAAAUGGUUAAUGAACUAUCCGCAUCAUUAACAAAUGUGAAACAUGAGCAAGAAUACAUGGAAGUACGAGAACGUAUACAUCGAGCAAUUAACGAAAACACAAAUACACGUGUUGUUAUGUGGUCAUGUUUUGAAGCAUUCAUUCUAUUAGCAAUGACAUUUGGUCAAGUAUAUUAUCUAAAACGUUUCUUCGAGGUUCGUCGAGUAGUUUGA